AUGGGGUCAACCAUUUUGGAACACCCUGCCUCCGCUGCACCGUGGGCAGCGCACACACAUGAUCACAUGACUCUGGACAUGGACGCGGUCCUGUCAGACUUUGUUCGGUCCACGGGGGCAGAACCGGGUCUGGCAAGAGACCUGCUGGAAGGUAAAAACUGGGACCUUAGUGCUGCUCUGAAUGAUUAUGAAGAGCUCAGACAGGUCCACACUGCCAACCUGCCGCAGGUCUUCAACGAGGGCCGCUACAACAAACAGCCAGAGGCACGUGACACACCAACCCAUGUCAGCAAGAUCGACAGGUCGUGUGCACAAAAGCAGGAGGACAAUGGACAAGAGAAGCGCUUGUCCCGUGGAAUCUCACACGCCAGCUCCGCCAUUGUCUCCCUUGCGCGGCUACAAGUGGCUAACGAGUGUACCAACGAGCAGUUCCCACUUGAAAUGCCCAUCUACACAUUCCAGCUGCCAGACCUCAGCGUGUACAGUGAAGACUUCAGAAGUUUCAUUGAGAGAGACUUGAUAGAGCAGUCCACCAUGAUGGCUCUGGAGCAAGCCGGUCGUCUGAACUGGUGGUCCACCAUGUGCACCAGCUGCAAGAAGCUGCUUCCUCUGGCCACCACUGGUGAUGGGAACUGCCUCCUCCAUGCUGCUUCUUUAGGGAUGUGGGGCUUCCAUGAUAGAGACCUGAUGCUGAGAAAGUCCCUGUACACCAUGAUGAAGAACGGAGCAGAGAGAGAUGCCCUAAAGAGGAGAUGGAGGUGGCAGCAAACCCAACAGAACAAAGAGUCUGGCCUGGUGUACACUGAGGAGGAGUGGGAGCGGGAGUGGAAUGAGCUGCUCAAGUUGGCCUCCAGUGAGCCUCGCACUCACCUCAGCAAAAACGGCAACACGAGCGGAGGGGUGGAUAACUCGGAAGAUCCGGUCUAUGAGAGCCUGGAGGAGUUCCAUGUGUUUGUGCUGGCCCACGUGCUCCGCAGGCCAAUUGUCGUAGUGGCUGACACGAUGCUCAGAGACUCAGGAGGUGAAGCGUUUGCGCCAAUCCCAUUUGGAGGUCUCUACUUGCCCCUAGAGGUGCCUCCGAGUCGAUGUCACUGCUCCCCACUGGUGUUGGCUUAUGAUCAGGCGCAUUUCUCCGCACUGGUGUCCAUGGAGCAGAGGGACCAGCAGCGAGAACAAGCUGUAAUCCCUCUGACCGACUCAGAGCACAAGUUGCUGGCCAUCCAUUUCGCCGUGGACCCUGGCAGGGACUGGGAGUGGGGCAGAGAUGACAAUGAUAACACCAAGCUAGCCAACCUCAUCUUGUCACUGGAGGCCAAACUGAACCUGUUGCACAACUACAUGAAUGUAACAUGGAUCCGAAUUCCAUCUGAAACAAGGGCUCCCCUGGCUCAGCCUGAGUCACCGACCGCAUCCGCAGGUGAGGACGUGCAGUCCCUGGCUGAGUCCAUAGACUCUGACCGCGAGUCUGUUGGCAGCAACUCCAAUGUCAACACGGGCAAGAUUGGAAAGGACAAAGACAAAGAGAAGCAGCAGCAUCGAAAAGACAAAGACAAGAGCCGGGCCGAUUCUGUAGCCAACAAGCUUGGUAGCUUCAGUAAAACUCUCGGAAUCAAGCUAAAGAAGAACAUGGGGGGCUUGGGUGGCCUGGUGCACGGCAAAAUGAACAAGUCCAACUCCGGCUCAGGUCGAAAUGGGGAGAAUGGAGCAGAAAAGAUGAAAAAGAAAGACUCUAAGAUAACCAAAGGAAAUAAAGAUGAGUCAGGACACUCGGCCAGCUCCACGUCCUCUGAAAAGGCCACGAGCCCCUCCCCUACAGAUAGAGGCAAAGCCUCCAGUUCGUCCCCCACCGACAGAACUGACAGCGCAGGAAAGGGCUCGGGUGACAAGAGCCUCGAAAAUUGGAAAUACAGUACGGACGUUAAGCUCAGCCUCAAUAUCCUCCGGGCCGCCAUGCAGGGCGAGCGCAAGUUCAUCUUUGCGGGUCUACUCCUCACCAGCCACCGACAUCAGUUCCACGAGGAGAUGAUCAGCUACUACCUGAGCAAUGCCCAGGAACGCUUCAGCCAGGAGCAGGAGCAGAAGAGGAAAGAGGCUGAGAAGAAACCCCCGGUCCCCAGUGAGGUGGCUGCCAAGAAACCAGAAAACGAGAGCGUCUUCCAAAGGGAGAGGUCGGACAGCUCGCCCCUGGAGAGCUGCUCUCCCAUUCCGCCCCGCCACACCUACACCCCGCAACCCCCCGCGGCUCUCAAGGUGAAAGGCAGAAACAGCCCCGUCCCCACAGCCCCUCACGUCUCGUUCCCAGUCCCUCCGCUAACGCCACCUGCAGUCGUCCACCACGUGACCCACUUUACCCCUGCGCCUUACUCCUCCCCCAGUUUUGGUGCUAAAAGACUUGGACCUGUUCCCGUGUCCGCCCACUACAGCCAUACCCCUCCCAUCCAGAGGCACAGCGUGAUUCACCUACAAGAUGUCAACAUGCAGUCCUCCGUCUUACCAGACCCCUACAAGCCCUUGGUGGGCAGCCUCAAGACGUGCGCCACCUACCCACAGCAGAACCGCACGCUGUCCUCACAGAGCUACAGCCCCGCUCGCUUGUCGGGUGUGCGCACCGCCAACACCCUGGAAACGCUGGCGUACAACAUGCCCGGGGACCACAAGUCCCACACGUACACCAACGGAUUUAACGCGGGAGACAUUCAAGACUGCCUGGAGUUCGCCGACGAGGACAACUCGUCUCACACCUGGCUCAACCAAGACAAAACCAAAGGGCGGAGCUCUGGAAGCCCUCUGUACUGCUUUCAGCAGCGCCGCUGCAAGAGGGACAACUGCUCCUUCUACGGCAGGCCCGAAACGGACCACUACUGUUCCUACUGCUACAGGGAGGAGCUCAAGCGCAGGGAGAGGGAGAGCAAAGUGCAAAGGCCCGCAUAG